GGAGGAGUCAGAGAGGAAUUUCAGAAUGCACCGACAGCACUAACAUAUCAUUUCUAAUACCAUAUCAAUUGAUUAGCAGAUGUGGAGCGCGAGAAUAGUAAAUAAAUAAGUAAACCACGCGUUGUUGAAGUUGUGGUAGAAAAGUGACUCUCCCUCCACAUUGAAGAGGCGAGUUCGGAGCGAGAGGGACGGCGAGAUUAGGGCAGUAGUUUGGGGGUCUCCGGAAUGUAUUAGCUGACGCUCGAACCUGGUUGUUUUUCUGGAUUCGGAGCAGAUCUACAAGUCCGCCUGUUUUUCAGUCCGCAUUCAUUCACGCCAGUCUUACAACCAUAAUAUUGUACCUAGUUGCAUCUUUGAGGAGCACAGGACAGCGGAGGAGGACGCGUGUUUUGUGGGGUUUCGAGGAGAGAGUAUUUGAACCUGACUGUUGCGCUCUAUUCCUGCUUCCAGUAUAACAGCGCCUUCUCUGAUUGGUGGAUCUCGCUUCAGGAUUGUGGCUAAUAGGAAAAGGAGGGGGUGAGAGUUGAGAUACCAUCCUUUGACCUGAAUCCUGAACAACAUCCAAGAACUCAUGGGGAUCGGGGAGGCUUCAGCGAGGGGGACGAGCUUGGAAGGAGACUGCCUCUCCUGCAUCAAGUACCUCAUGUUUGUCUUCAACUUCCUAAUCUUUUUGGGUGGCUCCUUCCUGCUUGGUGUUGGGGUGUGGGUGGUGGUGGACCCUACUGGUUUUAGGGAGAUAGUGGCAGCCAGCCCCCUUCUUUUCACAGGAGUUUAUAUCAUCCUGGCAAUGGGGAGCAUGCUGUUCCUGCUGGGGUUCCUGGGCUGCUGCGGAGCCAUACGAGAAAACAAGUGUCUGCUGCUCUUUUUCUUCAUGCUGAUCCUCAUAAUAUUCUUGGCAGAACUAGCAGCAGCCAUUCUUGCAUUCAUCUUCCGGGAACAUCUGACCAGAGAAUAUUUUACUAAGGAACUGAAGAGUCACUACCAAGGUUACAACAACACUGAUGUUUUCACAUCAACAUGGAAUGCCAUUAUGAACACAUUUGACUGCUGUGGAGUGAACAGUCCAGAAGACUUUGAGGAAAGCCUCUUCAGGCUCAUAAACCCCAGAGAAGUGGUGCCCGAGUCCUGCUGCCGUAGGGACAGUCACCUUGGUGAAGUAGGCUUCAGUAACAAGGACGAAUGCCUGUUGGGCAGCAUGCUGUACCGGAACAACAAGGGCUGCUAUUCAGCAGUUGUGGACUACUUUGAGAUGUACAUUUAUGUGGCUGGUGCCCUGGCUAUUGUUGUACUCACAAUUGAGCUCUUUGCAAUGGUAUUCGCCAUGUGUCUCUUCAGGGGAAUCCAAUAGUACAUCGAAAGACUUUUUCAAAAACGCCACAAAAUAAGAAAACUGAACCACUUUUCAAAGAAUGUUUUACUCAGUUUUAUAUCUCUAAAAUUAUUAAGAAAAAAAAUUAUCUGUACUUCACAGCUGGACCUUUGAGGUACUAGGUAACAAAAAAAAAAAGAACGUUCUUUGAAUACUGCAAAUACGGGCUUUUUGCCAGAAAGUCCUUAUGUAAUUUUGACCAGGUAUUAAAAACCAGAUAAAGCCUGAAUAAAGGAUGAAGAAGAUGGUGCUGCACUGAUUUUGGAUGAAGAAUAUUUAUACUGAGUAUGCUGGCUUGUUUGUAUAUGCAUUUGUGCUUUUAGUAAAUAAAUAGACCAAACCACUUUCCUCUCACAACAAACUCAUUGAAUGCAAGCCUUCACAAGCACAUUAUAUUAGUGUUGUAUAGUCAUGUGAAUUUCCAUUUUUAUCUAAUCCUGUGUGGGUGUGGUGGGAUUUGUGUGUCUAUGUGUGAGUGUAUGUGUGCUAGACGAUGGGUGUCCCUCUUCCCUGCUUGAAGACCAGCAUCUUUCUUUUUUUUUUUUUUUUUGUGUGUGUGUGAUGUUUAUUGCAAUAGUAAUUAUAUGUGAUUUUAGCUGAAAUUGAUGUGUAUGCAUUUGUAUUGAAGACUAACAUUAAAUAAAUCUCUG